AUGGCAUACUUGGCCCCUGGCCCAAGUCUCUACACAAUACUUGUCCACGCUACUGCCCCUCUCGGCGGCCUUGGAGACGGGCAUUUCGUUUGGCCCCAAUUCCCAGUCCUGGAGCUGACGGCUGCGGAAGAAAGGAGCUUCCUCGGUUCCGGGUAA